AUGUAAUCUGUUGAUUUUGCAAAGCAAGUCCUGGGAGAACCGCUGCGUUGCAUUGUCCGAAUUAAGCCCCCUUCCAACUUUCAGAAGGAGGACGUGCGAAUCAACAAUUAACAAAUACUACUUACUGACAACAAUAGAAUUUUGGAAGAAUUCGAAUGUCCUGAAGCUUAUGGGCCUGAAUUCUCCAUGCAUCAAAUCUACGAGCAGUUCUUGCAAUAAUUUACGGGUCCCUUCAUCCAAGGAUUGAACGUAAACAUAUUCGCAUAUGGGUAAUCUACAGGAGCAGGCAAAACGUAAACUAUUGAAGGGAACAAGAAAGAACAUGGACUUAUAUUGAACUAUGCAUCCUCAAUAUUCUCUUUAUUAGAAAACAAGAAAUUUCAUACCAAUCAAUCUUAGGCAUCCUAACUUGUCAAUUAUUCAUAUGGACUCAGAGCCAGAUACGUUGAAAUCAUAGAUGAGGAAGUGUCUGAUCUAUUUGCCCCUCCCAAUAAACGAUUGAAUGAUCAAUUAUAAAUCUUAGAUCAUGCAUGGGAAGGACCCACAAUUGCCAAUGCCACUUGGGUGACUGUCAACAAUGAAAUCCAAUUAUAGGAAGCCCUUAACAGUGGAUAAAGAAACCGUAAUCAAACUACAAAUGAAUUUGGUAAAGUGUCUAACAAGUCCACAUCCUUCUUUACCCUCGAACUACUACAAAGUUCACUCUAAAAAGACACCAAUGAACCUUUGAUUAUGUUAUCCAGACUAUGUUUCUUUGAUUUAGCAGGAUCUGAGGUUCUGAUUGAUGACCCAGAAACCAUAAGGAUUAAACAAGGAUCUACUUUGAACAAAUCCAUAAUUUCAUUUACUCAAUUACUCAAGGAAUUGGGAUAGCCAUAAACUGCAGAUCAUGCUGCUUAUGAUACUUCUGCUCUAACUUCUAUAGUGAAAGAACUAGUUGGUAGUAAUUCACUUUCGAUUGGCAUCUUUUGUGUAUAGCAUGGAGAUCCGAAAGGAACCAGUUUGACUCUAAACAUAUACAAAUAUUGCAAGAAUAUCAAAAACUUCCCAAUAGUCAAUGACAGUAAGGUCCUAGGUCUAUUGCACAAAUUUCGAUUGGAAUGCCAAGCAGCUAGAUUGUCUGGGAGAGGUGGUUAUGGAGAUACUGGAAACAAUAAGAUGUUGGAGUUGGAGAAGAAAUUGAUAGAGGAUAAUUUGGAUAAAAUGAGGAAUGCAGAUGAAAAACAAAGAAUGGCUUAGAAAUUAUCAACGAUGAGGGAGAAGUAUAAUGAAAUUGUGAGAUAGAAGGCAGAAUUGUAGUAGGAGUUGAUUAGGAGUGAGGAGGAGAAAUUAGAAGUCUCUAAGGCUUUGGUGGAGUUACAAAUUGAGAAUACAAGGUUGAUGGAAAUUAUAUAGAAUGAGAAGUAUGAUAUGAAUAAUAAAUUGUUGAAUGCAGAAUCAGAUCUAUUGUCCUUGAAUAUAAGGGAGGAGAAAGCCUUGAAGUCUAUUUAAGAGUUGUAAGAUAAUUUAAAAGAAACCAAGGAUGACAAGAGAGCCUUGGAGAUUGAAUUUGUUGCUCUCAAAAAGAAUUACAUCAAUAUCUCUACUGCUUUAGAAACUGAGAAAGCCAAAAGCGAGAACAUAGGAUUAGAAUUAAUUAAUGUAGUUAAUGAAAACAAAUCUCUUCAUUAAGAAUUGAAUGAUAUCUACAAGAAAUCUGGAAAUACAAACGAAGAAAAUGCUAGAUUUAUGAAGAAAAUUGAAAAAUUAGAGCAAGAAAACCGAGAACAGAGAGAAGCUCUCAUUUAUACCAAGGCUGAAAUUGAGAGAUUGAAAACUGAAAUGCUUAAAUACGAAAUCCUAGAUUAACAACAUAGAAUUGAUCUAGAUAACAAGAAGUUGGAAAUUGAAAAAGGAUUUCUUGAAGCAAACAGAGAAAAACAGAAUGAAGUAUAUAAAAUGAAUAGAGAAUAAGAUGAUGCUGUCAAAAAAAUGAGAGAUGAAAAAUUACUAUGGGAAAGUCAAAAAAUGGAAUUAACCCAUAAAAUCAAAAGCAUGCAAAGAAGAGUCAAUGAUGAAGAAGAAAGAGUUAAGGAACUAGAAAGAUAAGUGCAAGAAUUACUAUCAGAAAACUAAAAAAUGGAUCUACAAAUGAAUGAAAUGAGAUCACUCUAUAGAAAUAAACUUAUGCAAUUUGCUACAGAUGGUAAACCAGAUAAAGCAAGUAGAAUUGGAUAUGAUUUCAAUGCCAGAGAAGAUCUCAUUAGAACAUAUACUGAAAAAGAAAUUGAAUUAAAUGAAAGAUUGGAAAGAGAAAAGAAAAACUCUAAAUAAGUUUCAUUACAAGUCCGAUAACUUAAAAGCUAUGCAAGGAAUUUAAAAUAUCUUUGUGAAGAUUGGGCUCCAGUCGGAAUUCCUUUACCAGAUAUACUCACAAAAGAUGUUACCUUCUUAGAUGAUGAAACCUAUGGUACUUUAUAAGGAGAUCAUAUGGCUGAGAUUGAAAGAUUGAGAAUGAGGAAUAAAAAGCUGGAAAAUGAAGUUAGAAUUCUAUAGGAAAACAUCAUGAAUGGAGUUGGAGGAGGUAGUAUGGAUUUAAGUAAAAGAAUAUCUAAUGAAAUGGAUAUGUUAAAAUAAAAUAGAAAUAAAUAAUCCAUAGAUGGAGACUUUUAGAUUGAUCAGUUGAGAAAAGAAAGAAACGACUUACAAGAAGAAAAUAGAAGAUUAGUGACUUUAUUGAAAGAUAAUAAAAAGUGGGAUGUUUACAUUUUAUAAAGAGAAAAUGAAAGGCUAAUGAGAUAAAUGAAAGAAUAAGAAGUAGGAUUAAAUUCAGUUGGACCUAUGUCUGGAGAAGCAAAGGGUGCUUAAUAAAGGUUACAAAUGUACGAAAGAUCACUCAAACAAUUAGAAAAAGAGAGAUCUGAACUAAUUGUUAGAGCCACAAUGGCUGAAGAGUAGCUUAAAGCAUUACAGGAACAUUUAUCAAAAUAAAGCUAAGAUUAUUAAAGAAAGCUCUUAGAAAUUAAAAGAGGUGGUAGCAUAUUCUGA